GUGCACUGUGUCUAUCGGACACAGCGGAUCACCGAUCAAUGGAAAGAGCCGAAGAUGUCGGCUCUGUCAUGUGAUCAGCUGUGUCCAAUCACAGCUGAUCGCAUAGGAGAGGAGAGCCGGUAAUCGGCAUUACUCAGAGGGGACAUGUACACUGAUCAUCACGGCACUGAUGAUCAGUGUGCUCUGAUGAUCUGUGUAGCCCCAGCAGUGCCACCUGUCAGUGUCCAUCAAUGCCACAUGCCAGUGCCCAUCAGUGCCACAUCAAUGCUACAUAUCAGUGCCUACCAGUGCACAUCAAUUCCACAUAUCAGUGCCCAUCUGAGCUGCCUUUCAGUGCCACCUAUCAGUGCCAGUCAGUGCCACCUAUCAAUGCCAGUCAGUGCCACAUAUCAGUGCUGCCAAUCAGUGCCACCUAUCAGUGCCAGUCAGUGUUGCCUAUCAGUGCGCAUCAGUGCUACCUAUCAGUGCCGCCUAUCAGUGCCAGCCAGUGCCGCCUAUCCG